AUGCCGCCCAGGGUACGAUGUCAGGCCUCUAGGAGGCUCGCGGCCUCUGCGUGGAGAUGCAGCAACAUACACACGCCACCCCGUUGUGCGGCGCCGGCAUGGCCGCCCUCCACGAUCCUCAACACAGCUCCGAGGCAUUAUGCCACAGCGGCCUCAAUAGCGUCACUGCUGAGGCUUCCCGAUGAUUAUGUCCCGCCUACCAAGCCACCCAGCGCAAGACGCCCCGAGGAGCGCAAGGCCCAGCUCCUGAGAACCUACACCUCCCUCCUCCGCUCCACGCCUCUGAUGCUCAUGUUCCAGCACAACAACCUCACUGCCGCCGAGUGGGCCGCCAUACGCCGCGAGUUGAGGGCCGCUCUCGCCACCGUGCCGCCUGCCCCGCCCGCUCCAGACGCCCGCCAGCCCAUCGACAUCACAUCCAACAUCCUGCUGCAGGUCGUGCGCACGCGCACCUUCGACCAGGCCCUGAAGGUCAUCGAGUUCUUCGACCCCGCCGCUGUCGCAAAGUCCAAAAACACGGGCGCCAACGGAGCUUACACGCACGACCUCUCAAUGGCCGCAUACCAGGCCGUCAAGGCCACCGAGGGUGCCGUGCCCGAGGACUCCACCUACGCCCAGCUGGCGCCGCUGAUGAUCGGCCAGAUCGCCCUCCUCACCUUCCCGGCCGUCUCGCCACAGCACCUCGCCGCGGCGCUGUCGAUACUGUCGCCCAGUCCGCCUGCCUUCCCAGCGCCCACGAGGAAGAAGAACCCAGGCUACUACGACCUCACAACACAGAGCGGUCUACAAAAGCUCCUGCUGGUGGGCGGAAGGAUUGAGGGCAAGGUCUUUGACUCUGACGGUGUGAGAUGGGUCGGCGGGAUCGAGGGUGGUCUCGAUGGGCUGCGGGCGCAGCUCGUGGCCAUGUUGCAGAGUGCAGGGCUCGGUCUCACAACCGCUCUAGAGGGCGCGUCCAAGAGCUUGUGGGUGACGAUGGAGUCAAGGAGGACAAUGCUGGAGGAGGGCGCGGAUGAUGCCGAAAAGAAGCAGUAG